AACUUUUAUUGACUUUUCAGAGGACGUUGCCAGGCAACUUGCUCUUCUCAGCGUUCGUUUGUCACAUAUUGAACAGUGGGACAGAAACGUUCAUUACCUUCGUGGCUCGUGUGUGUACGCGUGGUGGAGGCUGGAUGCUGAAGAGUUUUUAUUAAUUGCGCCUGAUAAGGAUAUAACAAAAUGGCUGCCCCUAUGCCCAUCAACCCCAAGCCUUUUUUGAACAACCUUACUGGCAAGUCUGUGUUGGUGAAGCUGAAGUGGGGACAGGAGUACAAGGGAUUCCUGGUGUCAGUGGAUGGUUACAUGAACCUGCAGCUGGCCAACACCGAGGAGUUCAUUGAUGGCAACUGCACGGGCAGCCUGGGUGAGGUUCUGAUCCGCUGUAACAACGUACUAUACGUCAAAGGCGGCGAGGACGACGACGAAGAUGGCGAGAUGCGAGAGUGAUCUCACGGGACCAUUAUUUGUCCACACAUACAUUCUCACAUUGUGUCAUCAUACUCUGUCCCACUCUCAUGUGAAUACAGUAUAACAUUGUAA